UCGGCUGUCAGUCCGGCCAGUGGCGGCGGCGGCGGGUCGUGUGGAUCGCUAAACGCGCUGCCGCACCACCCGCGGUACCACUCGACACUGGCGCCGCUGUACCGGAAGUCGUCCAGCCCGGGUCGCCAGUGGCCGGUGACGGGCAGUGGGCAGCGUCCCAGUGGGCGCUUCCCGAAGGGCGCUUCUCGGACACCGGGCCUGUCACGGCCCGCGAACCUGCGGACGGGUGACGGGCGGCGCAGCUCGGCGGCCGGUGUGGUGGUGUCGCAACGGCCGCCGCUGCCGCCGAAGAUCGAGCUCCGGAGCCACAGCUACGAUGGGCUGCUGGACGACUCAUCGCGGCCGGCGGUGCGGGCGCGCCCACGGAAACCCGGAACUUCCGGAACCGCCUUGACAGCCGAAGGACAUGAACUAGUGGAUGGUGGUGGUGCCGGUGGUGCGGUAUCAUCGGCAGGUGAUCGCCGGGUGCCGGAUGUGGCGGCCGAAGCGACCGACACGAAGAAGAGCACCAACCGGAGGUCGCGCAGUAUGGACGAUCUUUUUGACGGUGAGGAACAGCCGGGCGGCGGGGUCGUACCGUACCUCGACAACACACAGAGCAUGGAAACGUUGCUGGCCGGCGGGGCGGAUGAGCGGGACAGCCCUCCACCGGAAUCACCCGGCAGCCCUCCUCCGUCGCUCGGUGGUGGAAACAUUUGCCUCAACCGGCGCUUCGUCCGCGACCCAGAUCCGGAACCGGAACCGGAACCUCCGGAAGAGGAGCCACUGUGCGAGAAGGAAACCAUCACGGUGGACAGUACACCCCGACAGUACGAGCCCGAGGACGACGACGGGGACGGCCAGUCGACGCACUCGUCGCUCGCGUCCACGUCCACCGCAUCCGGCGAUAAGGAGUCUCCGAAAAAGGCUCAGAAACCGCUGAUGCGGUAUGUCGCGAAGAAAGUGAAGUCGCUCAUGAAGAUGUGACGACGGCUCUCGAAUACGCGAACACGAAACGAUCAUCAUCACCACGAUCCUCAUCACGACCGUCCUCUUUGGGGCGUCCUUAGUCCUUCGCCCUGCGCAUCUAAGGCGCAGUAUGCAGUAUCUCUGGACGCGUCUAGCCGCGUCGAACGGUCUAUUUGUUAAGGUUUUAUUUAAGUUAAGUACACGCUUUGAGGGGCCCAUCCCGGGCGAUCCCGGGCCCUUGACUUAACACUAAAGUAAUCGCUUGGCAUGUAAAUGCGAGCCCGAGAUAGGAGGGGGUCCUAUCCGUAGUCACAGUCACCGCUCUACUAGCAUCGUACUCUAGGGUGUGUUUUGUGUUUUCUUGUAACUUUUUGGUAUACAUCGACUUGUGAUUAGUUUCGCGCUUCGCUGCGAGAUGUUGAGGAUGAGUGUAAAAUAUAUUAUUUGGCUGAGUGUGAUUGGCGUGUGUAGACACACGCCAACGGUGAGGAAUCGUUAGAAAAGGCCACGCUGGCCGGUGGCUGUGCCUCGCUAUGGAAACGCGAGCCGCGAGAGAGAGAGAGAGAGAGAGAAAGAGAAAGAGAUAUGCCUUACGAUGUUUAUAGUUUUUCCUCUUCGAGCAUAUUUUGUGGUGUAAAUAUAUCUCUACUACAGUAACUCUACCGCAGCAACAAUGGUGCCGCUCCGUUGCUUUAGUUGUGAACAAUUUUGUUAAAAACAUGCAAACAAUAGUGGCAUAUUUAGCACAGAGCUUUGCCGUCCCAAUCGACCAACAAAACCUCAGUCGAGUGGUCCAGCCUUUCACGGGAGCGAUGCCGUAAGUGCUUUCAUGCAGAGUAUACAAACAAAACAUUGUAUCAGCGUUCGUAAAAGUAACACGUGUAUGUUUUAAAAACAAAAAUCCGUUAAUA